AUGCAUUACUGGACUUUUCCUUUACACGACUCCACUGCUGUCACUCCAAUUAUUUUGAGGUCUGACCCUCAGGGAUUUUUCUUUUACUGGACAGAUCAAAACAAGGAGACGGAGCUGUUAGAUCUCAGCCUUGUCAAGGAUGCCAGAUGUGGGAAACACGCCAAAGCUCCCAAGGACCCCAAAUUACGGGAACUUUUGGAUGUGGGGAACAUCGGACGUCUGGAACAUCGCAUGAUAACAGUGGUGUAUGGGCCUGACUUAGUGAACAUCUCCUAUUUGAACCUCGUGGCUUUCCAAGAAGAAGUGGCCAAGGAAUGGACAAAUGAGGUUUUCAAUUUGGCAACAAACCUGCUGGCCCAAAACAUGUCCAGGGACGCAUUUCUGGAAAAAGCCUAUACUAAACUUAAGCUGCAAGUCACUCCAGAAGGGCGCAUUCCUCUCAAAAACAUAUACCGCUUGUUUUCAGCAGACCGGAAACGAGUUGAAACUGCUUUAGAGGCUUGUAGUCUUCCAUCAUCAAGGAAUGAUUCAAUACCUCAAGAAGAUUUCACUCCAGAAGUGUACAGAGUUUUCCUGAACCAUCUUUGCCCUCGACCUGAAAUUGAUAACAUCUUUUCCGAAUUUGGUGCCAAAAGCAGACCAUACCUUACUGUUGAUCAGAUGAUGGAUUUUAUCAACAUUAAGCAGCGAGAUCCCAGGCUAAAUGAAAUACUUUACCCACCUUUAAAGCAAGAGCAAGUCCAAGUAUUGAUUGAGAAAUAUGAACCCAACACUAGCCUCGCCACAAAAGGACAGAUCUCAGUGGACGGGUUUAUGCGCUACCUGAGUGGAGAAGAAAACGGAGUCGUUUCACCUGAGAAACUGGAUUUGAAUGAAGAUAUGUCUCAGCCCCUUUCUCACUAUUUCAUUAAUUCCUCGCACAACACCUACCUCACAGCUGGCCAGCUGGCUGGAAACUCCUCCGUCGAGAUGUACCGUCAAGUGCUCCUGUCUGGUUGUCGCUGUGUGGAGUUGGACUGCUGGAAAGGACGGACUGCAGAGGAGGAACCAGUCAUCACCCAUGGGUUCACCAUGACGACCGAAAUAUCCUUCAAGGAAGUGAUAGAAGCAAUCGCUGAGUGUGCAUUUAAGACUUCACCUUUUCCAAUUCUCCUUUCAUUUGAGAAUCAUGUGGACUCCCCGAAGCAGCAGGCCAAGAUGGCAGAGUAUUGUCGGCUGAUCUUUGGGGAUGCCCUUCUCAUGGAGCCCCUGGAAAAAUACCCACUGGAAUCUGGAGUUCCUCUUCCAAGCCCUAUGGACUUAAUGUACAAAAUUUUGGUGAAAAAUAAGAAGAAAUCACACAAGUCGUCGGAAGGAAGCAGCAAAAAGAAACUCUCAGAACAAGUCUCAAACACGUGCAGUGACUCCUCCAGCGUGUUCGAGCCCUCGUCUCCCGGAGCCGGGGAAGCUGAUACGGAGAGUGACGAUGACGACGAUGAUGAUGACUGUAAAAAGUCUUCAAUGGAUGAGGGGACUGCUGGGAGCGAGGCCAUGGCCACAGAAGAGAUGUCUAACCUGGUGAACUAUAUUCAGCCAGUCAAGUUUGAGUCAUUUGAAAUUUCAAAAAAAAGAAACAGAAGUUUUGAAAUGUCUUCCUUCGUGGAAACCAAAGGACUUGAGCAGCUGACGAAGUCUCCGGUGGAAUUUGUAGAAUAUAACAAAAUGCAGCUUAGCAGGAUAUAUCCGAAAGGAACACGUGUAGAUUCAUCCAACUAUAUGCCUCAGCUCUUCUGGAAUGCAGGCUGUCAAAUGGUUGCCCUUAAUUUCCAAACAGUGGAUCUGGCUAUGCAGAUCAAUAUGGGGAUGUAUGAAUACAAUGGGAAGAGUGGCUACAGAUUAAAGCCAGAGUUUAUGAGGCGACCUGACAAGCAUUUUGAUCCAUUCACUGAAGGCAUCGUAGAUGGGAUAGUGGCCAACACUUUGUCUGUUAAGAUCAUUUCAGGUCAGUUUCUUUCUGAUAAGAAAGUCGGGACUUUUGUGGAAGUGGAUAUGUUUGGUUUGCCUGUGGACACGAGGAGGAAAGCAUUUAAGACCAAGACAUCCCAAGGAAAUGCUGUAAAUCCCGUCUGGGAGGAAGAACCCAUUGUGUUCAAAAAGGUAGUUCUUCCUUCACUCGCCUGUCUGAGGAUAGCAGCUUAUGAAGAAGGAGGAAAAUUUAUUGGUCAUCGGAUCUUGCCAGUACAAGCAAUUCGGCCAGGCUAUCACUACAUCUGUCUGAGGAAUGAGAGGAACCAGCCUCUGAUGCUGCCAGCUGUCUUUGUCUACAUAGAGGUGAAAGACUAUGUUCCAGACACCUAUGCAGAUGUGAUUGAAGCUUUGUCAAAUCCAAUUCGAUAUGUGAAUCUGAUGGAGCAGAGAGCUAAGCAACUGGCUGCUUUGACACUGGAAGAUGAAGAAGACGUAAAGAAAGAGGUUCUCCAAGGAGUAAGCUCUCCCUUGAGGAGAACUUUUCAAGACACCAGCCUCUUCAGCGUAUGUAGUGCAGCAUUUGGGAUUGUGACAUGGCUCAUGCUGUGUAAAGAAUCAGUUGGCUCCAUGUUCCAAUUGGCUCCAGUUACUGCUGGAGGAACAUGCUGGGUACUAAUUGCAAUAAAAGCCAGAAUCAUUUUACUUGGCCCUGGAAAGGCACCUGCAAAAACAGAAGAUCUUAUUCAUAGUGUUUUAACAGAAGUGGAAGCGCAGACUAUUGAAGAGCUAAAGCAACAGAAGUCGUUUGUAAAACUUCAAAAGAAGCACUACAAAGAAAUGAAAGAGCUGGUUAAGAGACACCACAAGAAAACCACGGACCUUAUCAAGGAGCACACUACAAAGUAUAAUGAAAUUCAGAAUGACUACCUAAGAAGGAGAGCGGCUUUGGAAAAGACAGCCAGAAAGGAUAGUAAGAAAAAAUCGGAACCCAGCAGCCCUGACCACGGCUCAUCAACCAUUGAGCAAGAUCUGGCUGCCCUGGAUGCCGAAAUGACCCAGAAGUUAAUAGACUUGAAGGACAAGCAACAACAGCAACUGCUUAAUCUUCGACAAGAACAGUAUUAUAGUGAAAAAUACCAGAAGCGAGAACAUAUUAAACUGCUUAUCCAAAAAUUGACGGAUGUUGCUGAAGAAUGUCAGAACAAUCAGUUAAAGAAGCUCAAAGAAAUCUGUGAGAAAGAGAAGAAGGAAUUAAAGAAGAAAAUGGAUAAAAAGAGACAAGAGAAGAUCACAGAAGCUAAAUCCAAAGACAAAAGCCAGAUGGAAGAGGAAAAGACAGAGAUGAUCCGGUCAUACAUCCAGGAGGUGGUGCAGUACAUCAAGAGGUUAGAAGAGGCACAAAGUAAACGGCAAGAAAAACUCGUAGAGAAACACAAGGAGAUACGUCAGCAGAUCCUGGACGAAAAGCCCAAGCUGCAGGUGGAGCUGGAGCAAGAGUACCAAGACAAGUUCAAAAGACUGCCCCUGGAAAUUCUGGAGUUUGUACAGGACGCCAUGAAAGGGAAGAUCAGUGAGGACAGCAAUCACAGCUCUGCCCCUUCCUCCCUGGCCUCCGACGCUGGAAAACUGAACCACAGGCCUCCCUCCAGUGAGGAGCUGGAAGGAGAGCGCCCGGGAAAAGAGUUUGACACUCCUCUGUGAGUGUUCCUGCCAGGCCUUUGGAACAUGCAUGGCCUCUCAAGCUCCAUUGGACUCUCUCUUAUUACAAAGAUCACUGCCCAGACCAUCUUCCCAAGAAGCAUCCCUUAGCCCAAAAUCCACACCAAAACGAGAGUUCCAGAAGGAUCCACGCAGACGUCCCCAGGCCCAGGCGCCAUGUGCAAUGUGGAAACAAAUGCAGGUCUACUAGUGGAGAGUGCAUGUAUGUGGGAUUUUUGUUUUCUUUCCAAUAGUAAACUCAACGCAGGCAACUUCCAGGCUGCAUGGACCAUCUAGUGAAGGACUGUGUCUUCUUUGAAGAAAAUCAAGCUCAUGUUUUUAUUUGAAGCUCUGGUAUAAAAUAGUUGCAAAGUAAUAGAAAUAGUUUGAGAAAUGCAUAUCAUUAUUUAACACUAUUGAACAACCCACUUUGAAUAUUGUUUUCCUACCUGCCACUCAACUACCGUAUCUUCAAUUUAACGUGCAUUUUUUAUUGUUUCGUCCUUUGCUUUGCAAGCACUGGUGGCUUGCAGUCUGCUAAUUUAUUUAUCAUAGAGGCCUCAGUGUAUUUGUUGCUGACAUGGCUUUCUCAGAUAUCAUAGUGAUUCAAAUAAGCUGGUUUUCUUUCCUGAAAAAAAAAUUACGUGAUUGUAUCUUUGCCCAGUGAAGUUAUUCCCAGACUUGGCAGCAUGGUUCAUACAUCUGGCUGCAUGAGCAGGUUGGCCACACUCCUCCAGCCAGUGGGCUAUCCGAGUUGACUAUUUGCACUCAAAGUCUGGGAUUCAUUAGUCAUUGGCCUGAAAUGUAUAAAUAACUACAUAGAAUAUGUUCAGUUGAAUAAAAAUAUUUGAGCCAAUAUAUGUUGAGCAGAGAUUCAAUCAGACUAAACAGGUCCCAGUGGUUCUUAAUGUCUGACAUUAUUUUAUGGUUCCUUUGUUUUUAAUAGUGAUAAAGAUGGAAUAUUUAUCUAAAGAAUACACAGACCCAUAUAUAAAUGAUAUAUAUUAUCUCUAUGUAUAUACGUACACACUCAGCCAUAUAAGUACAGACACAUGCACUACACACACACACACACAUUCAUUUGAUUGUUGAUGUGUGACAAUGACCCAAACUCUUCCACAAGACUUAAAACCAAAUUUAGGGAUAAGAGGAUAGAGAUGAAAAUGAUCAAACAUCUAGAAUUCAUGGGUAAAUCAUUGAUAUUUUAAGAAACAAUUGAUGGAGUUAUUGAUGCAAGUUGAAUUAGAUUUAGAAUUUAGAAUGUGAAUUUGAUAUAUAUUUUGCAGGAUCAAAACUGGAUUUUAAACCUGUUUCAAUAAUCAGAAUAGACAAAAAUAUAUAUGACAGAAAUAUGGGCAUGUAUUAGUAUCUUCCAUAAUUAUUAAAUCUGAGAGAUUUCAUUUUUACUAUAACAUAAAAAAUACUUCAUUUAUAUAUUUAUUAUAUACAUUUAAUUCAUUUAACUGUGUCUUUUUGUUAAGUUCUUAUAUUAGGUGGCAUGAGAAAAACAAAGCAUAUCAAGGUAAAACUGAUCAAAAACAUUAUUGAAAAGUCUUAAAUAAGAGAGAAUAAUUAUAUAAAGGAAAAUAUAGUUUAGAGAGUAACACAAAGAACAUUGAAGUUAAAGCCCUGAAGCAAGAUGCUCACAGCUUUAGCUUAAAAUAAACCUGCCUGAUUGUAGCUUAGCAAAACAUUUUAAAACACAAAGCCAGUUGUGUCCUAAAAAUUAUUUCAAGAAUUUAAUAUUUUUAUGGAAAUCACUUUAUUUAACUUUAAGCAAUAACUAAGGAUCACAAUUAAGUUUUAAUCAAAAUGAAGGCUUAGUUCAAACAUUAGGAAAAAGUGUUUGAUUAAAAACACACAUCUAGUGAGACACAAGGAGGAAAAUCCCAUCCUCUUUGGAAAUGAUAGUAUUUUGAUCUGAAAGAUUUGGGGUGUUAAUUAGACACUUAAUACAACUUAACUUCCAUUGAAAGAGAUAUCUUUUGUAAAUCAUUCUACUUUUGCACUUUGAAAGAAAGGCAUUAAUCAUAAGGAAGUAAGAAUGGUCAAAAUCGAAUGCUGCAUUUUUAUAAACAAAAUUACAGACUGUCUAAAAUUGCAGAAGCGUGAACUAAUAAUAGCAUUCAUAACCAAACGCAAUAGUGAUUAUUACCGCAUAUUGUAUUACAUUUAGUCCAGAGAUAGACUAAGGUUGAAUAACCUUGACUUACACAAAACUGUUUUGGUAGUUGCAUUUCAUUAUCUUAGUGACUCUAAUAUGUUUGUAUUUGGCCAUUUAUUGUAACCACAUUUUUAUAUCUGUGCAAUGACACUUUUGCAGUUGUGGGGUAGUGUGUAACACUGUCCAUCUUGCAUCAUCGAAAUUACUACAGUGAUAUUAUCAUUUAACAAUAUUAAUAUUACUUGAAAUAGACAAAGGUAAGGAAAAGGGGUCUAUUUGAUGUGCAGUUUUGUGCCUUUAUGUAUUUGCCUUGUUCUUUGUUGAAUGUGUAAAAUUCUGUACUGUGGUUUUUCCUAUAAUAGAGAGUAGAGCUGUGUAUUAAAUUAGCCUGUGCCCCUCUGGUACCUGUACACUACUGAGAAUAGCGUGGUUUUGGCCGUGUAAACCCAUUUUCAAAGUUCUGAUGACAUGCCAUGUGAUUUGGUUUUUAACAUUUCACUUUAACAUUUCCAUAUCACCAUGCAUCAAUUACUAUUCCUGUAAUAGUUAAGCAGUCAUUAAAUAAUUCCGAAAGAAAGGGCCAUUGCUUGCAUUACUUUGAACUUAAUGUUGUGCUUUGCACUGUAUAAAUAUUGCUUGUGAUGGAUUAGAUAUCGUGACCUUUGCCUUUUCAGAAGAAAAAAAAAGGACAAAGUAUUUGAAGCUCUUAAAAUGUACAUAUUUUGGUUCUCCUAUCUCAAAUUAUUUAAAAAGCAUAAUUCACAUUUUUGUAAUAAUUCUAUGCAAUUUUGUGGCAUGAUGUUUCUUCCACUUGUAAUUUUAUGUGCUUUCAUCACAAAUCCAAAGGAAAUAAUAAAACUUUCUUAACACAA